AUGUUAGACCCCUUCCUGUUCAAGUAUGGAAAAGUUCUGCUUGCCAUUCAGUCACUGAAUUCACUCCUUAUAGACGUGGUCUGGUUGGCCGGGACCCUGAUUAGCUUAGGUACAGUAUGGAAACACCUGACUUUCAACUACUGGAUAGAUUAAUAUUCACACAGUUAUAGUCAGUUAUUCAGUUACAGUACACUAGUCACAUCAGAUGAGUUUAAUCCAAACUGAGAAUGAAUACUAAACCGCAUUAAAACGCAUUCUGUUUGUCAUGAAAAGCUUGGGCACAUGCUCGGCCAAUAGAUGUAGAGUUUUUAAGUUCUGCUCUUUUAAAAUGUGAGUAACUUGUUGCAAAGCAGGAGUGAAGGUAAUAGCCUGAGCAAUAUUUUAGAAGACAAAAAGGCAUGUUUGUGUGUGUGUUUCAGGUGCCGCUAUGAAUGUGAUUUUGGAUUUGUCCUACACUGUGAGCAUCUGGAUCUCUGCCACUGUGGUCAUAGUCUACACUCUGCUGGGAGGUCUCUAUUCUGUAGCUUACACGGACAUUAUACAGAUCACCCUCAUUUUCAUCACCUUGGUAAGGGUGCUAUAGUUCUUAUAAAUUUGUAUAAAAUACAUUAAGACAACAUUCAGACAUUUUAUCAUGAUUAAGUUUGGGGACAUUCGGCUUUGAUACAUUUGUGAAAAAUCAACCACAGUAAUCUCAAUUUGGGUUGGGAUUAAAUGGUGUACUGCCUAGUAUGUGGAGCUUUUAUGGCUUGAAUUUUGUGUCUCUCAAAUUUAAGUAACAGUAAGUAUAGCCUGAAAAAAAGUUGGUCUGCUGGACAUAGUCACAAACUAUUUUUAGAAACCUUCAUAAAAAAAGAAAAUAAAGUUUAUAUCUAUUUUCAUGGGAUUUGUCAGUCAAACUAAAUUUCAUAAACAGAGAUUUGCAUUUCCCAUGCCUAAGUUUUCUGUCAAAGUAAUAUCUAAGGGAAAAUAAUUGUAAAUGUUGGACACUGAAGUUUCUUUCUUGUGGUUUUUUUUCACCCCUUCAGUGGAUCUGUGUUCCAUUUGUGCUGUUGAACCCAUACUCACAUAGUAUUUCCAAGACAGCAUGGAACAAUACAUUUCAGCCUUCCUGGAUUAAUAAACUGGAGAGCAAGAAUUCCUGGACAGCCUUGGACAGUUUCUUAUAUCUUGUAAGAUCAAGUACAUUUCUUUACUACAGUUGCUCUGACAUCUGUUCAGUCCUAAUUCAUCCCUUGCCUGUACAACUUUGCCCUUCCUUUACAUAUUGAAUGUUAAAAACUAGGGUUUGGGCAUCUGGAGUGUUUUUAUCCUGUCCCAGGUCUCCCUCCUCCUAAGAGUACUGUCCCUGAUGAAUGAGACGAAAUGCUUUUUCAAAAAGUUAGCCCUGCUAUUGACUGGAAACCACACAAAUCAUUCAUUGCUUCUCUUUAGUUGGUUGCUGGCUUAAGACCCCACUUCCCUCCAACUAUGUUUUAAACCUGAGUGGUACUGUGUGUGAGGACCGUUUGAAAAUUUGUACGGGUAGAGGUGGAAAUUCAAACAUUUAAUUGAUCAAACCCAUGCAUGGACAUUGGGAGUAAGUUAUUGACUCAAAAUAUUAUUUGAGAUUAUCUUAGAAAAACAGACCCUAAUUGGUUGAUAAAUCCUCCAAAUUGUGUCUGUGUUCAUAAUAUAUGAACUCCUCUCGCCAGCUCAUCAGACAAUUAAGGGUUGUCUUUUUAAGCUUUAUGAUUAUUUCCUGUGCUGAUUUUGAUUAUUUAUUAUCUUAUUUAUGAUCUUAACAAACAAAGUUUAGAAAACAAGAAAUAUUAACCAGGAGUAGUAUUGACAGAGACUCUCUCUUUUCAAGGCCCUGGGAAACCUUGGAUAUCAAGCUUUUCACCAAAGGGUCUUGUCUGCUACCUCCUCUUCCUCAGCCAGGAUUACAUGCUUUGUUGCUGCUUUCGCAAUCCUGAUAUUUGGAGUUCCUCCUAUACUGAUCGGGGCUGUGGCAGCGUCUACAGGUACAAACAUGGUUUAUAUUUAAUCAAUUAAUUUGUCUAUUUUUGUUUAUUUAUUUAGUUUUAAGACAAACAAGUCUUGGUUUAUUUAAAAAAAAUCCGACACAGAUGGUUUCUUCACAUUAAAAAAACAUACACGACAAAUAAUUUAUUAAUCUUUAUUCAAAAAACACUAAUGAAAUCAGUAAGUUUUUAUCAACUAAGUUCUCAUUUUGACUGAACUUUUUAAAUAAAACAGCAGAAUCAAUCAACAAAUGUUUCAAAAAAUGACAUUGUAGGCAUGUCUGCAAUAACAACUUCUAGGCACUCUCCCCUUAAUUAUCGCUUUUAUGUACAAUUAAAUUCAGUUGACUUUGGCUGUGAGAAAUAAUAUAUGGUGAAAGAGUGAGUAAGAACCCUGACAGGAUUACUUUAUGUAUAGACCAGAUCAAGAGCUCUUUUUUGGACAAUAUGAAAAUACAGUAUAUUUUGUCAAAUACAUAAGUGAAGUUCAAUGUUAUUCACAUUCAAGAAUAGGAAAAUAUGUUCAAACUUUAACCCAAGACCAGCAUUCACUUAAACAUCUUCAACUUGCUUUUUGUCCAAUCUGUGUCCAUGUCAGACUGGAACCUCACCUCUUAUGGUUCACCUUCUCCUUUGGAGCGUGGGGAGGGAGCUAUGGUCCUGCCUAUUGUUCUGCAGCACCUUAUCCCAACUGCUGUCUCUAUAAUUGGUACUGGAGCCAUUGCAGCUGCCGUCAUGUCUUCAGCUGAUUCUGCUUUAAUCUCUUUUGCUUCAGUUUUCACCUCCAAUAUAUACAAAACUGUCCUCAGGCAAAAGGUGAGAUAAAACAAUUGAAUUCAUUUAUCAAAGAUAAGGAAAAUUGACUUAUAUCUUGUGGGCCAAACUAAGCAGUGACAUAGAAAUAAAGAAAAUAUUUUAGUUAAAACCAUCACUUCAUUGCACUUUUUCUCUCUUUGCUUUUUUAAUUUCUUCAGGCAUCAGAGAGAGAAAUCCAGUGGGUAAUCCGGGCUUCUGUAGUUGUUGGAGGUUUGCUCGGUACAUCACUCACCAACCUGAAAAACAGCAUUGUGGUUAUGUUGUUCCUUGGGUGUGAAGCAGCCUACAUAAUGAUCUUCUCUCAGCUCAUUUGUGCUCUCUUCUUCAACAUCUCCAACGGAUAUGGCGCUAUCAUGGGCUUGCUGAUUGGUUUGCUGUCAAGACUUCUAGCAGGAGAACCAUCACUAGGCUUGGCACCUGUCAUACAUUUCCCUGGAUGCAUACUGGAGGAUGGUGUUUACAUCCAGUACUCUCCAGUAAAGACCAUUGCUGCGCUGGCUGCUUUUACUGGCAACUUAUUUUUCUCAUAUUUGGCGUCUGCAAUGUUUGACAAAGGCCUGCUCCCUGAAAAGUGGGAUGUGUUCCAAGUGAAAUCCCAGCAUUCAACACAACCAGUGACACCCACAGUAGACACAAAAGGGUUAAGUGAAAAGGAGGGGUGCGAUACGAAAGAAUCUCAACAAGAUGCCUCAGAACCAAUGAUAACCAGUACGUGUUGA